GUUUUCUACUUACUAUUCGCUACUGAUUUUCCCUCUCGUGUCGCCCUCCCUUUCCUACCAUGAGCACAAUUCAGAGCCUGAAAAAUUUCAUACGUCAUGGGAAACAAGCCCGCCUUGUCACCCCCCAUGCGGAACCCACGACCAACGUGUCUCCUGUCCAUGCUGAGCAACAGCGUCAGCCCCAGGGUCAAUUCGCCCCCGCUGCAGGGAAUCUAGACGCGAUUGACAGCAAGCUGGGGGGUGGUCAGCCUCACUCCACACAACGCGAAUCUCCCGAGAUUCCCGUCAAGAGGGCUCGCGAGGCCGAAAUCGAGCAAAUCAUCGCUGAAGAAAAGACCAAUCGCACUAAGAUGCCGCAUUACCCAGGCUUAGAGCGUUACGUCCUGCUGGAGAAAAUGGGAGACGGCGCUUUCAGCAACGUCUACCGGGCCAAGGAUGCUUCCGGUGAAUACGGCGAAGUCGCCAUUAAAGUGGUUCGCAAGUUUGAGAUGAACAGCACACAGUCUGACGCCCACCUACAUCCCGACUUCAAAAGGAAGCCGAAAGCUGCGGAGCGAGCGAACAUCCUCAAAGAGGUCCAGAUUAUGCGCCAGAUCGAUCACCCUAAUAUCGUCAAACUGAUCCAGUUUUCUGAGUCUCGCCAAUACUAUUACAUUGUCCUCGAGCUCUGCCCAGGCGGAGAACUCUUCCACCAAAUCGUCCGCCUGACCUACUUUAGUGAGGAUCUCAGUCGUCAUGUUAUCGUCCAGGUUGCCAAAGCAAUCGAGUAUCUGCACGAGACAUCAGGUGUCGUGCAUCGUGACAUCAAACCCGAGAACCUCCUCUUCUAUCCCACCGAAUAUGUCCCAUCGAAACAUCCAAAGCCGCGCCAACCUGGCGACGAGGACAAGGUAGACGAAGGUGAAUUCAUACCCGGCAAAGGCGCAGGCGGGAUAGGUGUGAUCAAGAUUGCCGACUUUGGUCUGUCCAAGGUCAUAUGGGAUACCCAAACAAUGACACCAUGCGGCACUGUUGGGUAUACUGCUCCCGAGAUAGUAAAGGAUGAAAGAUAUUCUAAGAGUGUCGACAUGUGGGCGCUAGGUUGCGUCCUUUAUACUCUGCUUUGUGGAUUUCCGCCCUUCUACGACGAGAGCAUUCAAGUCCUUACGGAAAAGGUCGCUCGUGGACAGUAUACUUUCUUAUCGCCCUGGUGGGACGACAUUUCAAAAUCUGCCAAGGACUUGAUUUCCCACCUGCUGACGGUCGACCCUGAUGAACGGUAUACCAUCAAACAAUUUCUGGCUCAUCCUUGGAUCCGACAAUCCGGUGAAGAGACGCAAGCUGCUUCAGACGCCCCGCCACUAACGACACCGGCGCCCGAAGCUCGCAACCAGGCACUUGAUGCCAUUGCGGCAGAACUUGCGCCAUAUCCGCCCGCGAGUGCACAGCUGUCAGCCGGGGAACGGCCAAUGGAUUUCCGAUCUCCUGGUGCAAUUAACUUGCGUGAAGUCUUUGAUGUUGGCUACGCUGUUCAUCGACAGGAGGAAGAGGGCAAGCGACGCAAAGCUGGCCGCGGUUUCCGGCAGUCGAACCCGACCGCCGCGUUCCAGUCAGCACUUAACCCGCUCGAUGAAGACUACGAUGAUGAGGAUGGAAUUGCGUAUCAGACCAUCGACGAAGAGGGCCAUCCGCCUGCUAAAAUGCAAAAGUCCACCCAGCAGUCUGGCGACGUUGCUGCGAUGGAGGCUAAAAUGCGGCAAACCAACUUGGGUGCUACUAGUCAUGCUGCACAGAUGCGGCAAUCACACCAGCCGCGGGGGUAUGGACAACACAGCGCCCAGGUCGCAGCCGCUGCCAAGCAGAACAUGGUUCGAAAUGCACGGGCACCAUUCGAGCUCAGCCUAGACAACGCAAGUCUGCUAGAGAAGCGCGGCAGAAGACAUCAAGAGCAGCCUGCCAUGUAAGCGUCUCUACGACUUGAUUAGGGUUCACGAACUCACGAAUCCGCCGGGCCAUUCUCUUCUCAAUCUGAUGACAUCAUGUUUCUGUUUCUGUUUUUCUCUGAUGGUGGGAUUCCUGUUGAUCGGGGCAUACCCGCCUUUGUUCAGGCGUUUCCUGUAUCUGGUCUGAUGUCUGGGUUUCGGGUCGGCAAAGCGUUUGCUAUAUUAUGCAUAUAUUGUUUUCGAUGUCUUUAUACCUUUGAUACUGAGUUUCAUACUUGGUGGGAGACGGUACAGAUACUUGCGUGGGUCGUGUGCCAAUAGUCCUGGAGUUUAGUUGCCACACUCCCCAUUCUCUGCUUCCUGCUUGCAUGCUUGCAUAAGAUCGUGAAAUUUUUCUUUAUUUUUGAUGAUGAUGAUACACCUGCUACGUUCAGUCCAUUUGCUACGCUCCUAAUGUUAGUGUCUACACAUUAUACAUGACGCUGUCGUAAACCCUGACCAUGUUCGUUAGCUCGCUGUCUUGCUACUGGAUAAAGGAAGGGGACUGCGUGAUGUUGUCUGUCUGAACGAAUCGCUAUAGACCAAGACUGUGAAUCAGAUCAUUUGACC